UUUUUUCGAGAGAACUAGUGAUCUUUCAGUACCAUCUGGUGACUGGAAAGGGAAAUUUGCAUUUUUUUUUCCCUCCUUUCAACUAGUCAACCUUGGACAACACGUGUACGAGCCAUAAGCCAUCUUACAUAUCUGCGACUGCGUUACAUUUGAAUGUUCUCACAAGUUUUCUUUUCGAUUGGGACAUGCAUUUAAAACUGUACGUAAUAGCAGCGACAUGCGAAAACUUGGGAAUCGGUAUAAAUGGAAAUUUGCCAUGGAACCUGAAGACUGAAAUGGCAUUUUUCACGCACAUGACGUCAAAAACAAGUAAUGAAAAGAAAAAAAAUGUGGUACUGAUGGGUAGAAAAACCUGGGAUUCUAUACCGCCAAAAUAUAAGCCCUUGCAGAAUCGUAUUAAUAUGGUUUUGACGAGACAAUCUCUAAACUUUGGAAGCGGAACGAUUCCUUGCAAAAGUAUUUCAGAUGCACUCGACAUUGUGUCUCAACCACCGUUGUGCGAAGAAGUGGAAAAAAUAUGGGUCAUAGGAGGAAGUUCCGUUUAUAAAGACGUUUUGGAAUUACCAAAUUUUUAUCGUUUGUAUCUCACGAGAAUAAAGAAACGUUUCGAUUGCGACACAUUUUUCCCAGAGCUUUCGACCGAUUUCGUACCGGUCAAGGAUCCCAAUGUACCAGAUGGAAUUCAAGAGGAAAAUGGAAUUCAGUUCGAGUAUACGGUUUACGAGAGAAAAUGAAAUGAGAGUUUAUACUUUUGUUGAACAGAUGGAUUAAUGAAAACUAACGAUAUAAAUACUAACAUUUUCAAUGAGAAUGAAUUAAUCUUUAAAUGUAUCGAAAAUAAAAGAAAUCUAUUUUAUAUAGACUUUA